GAUAGGUUUCAUGAAUGCUAUUGUUUAAUAUCUUCCCUGGUCACUGUAGUUAAAAGGAAAGUCUGUCUUUACCUGACUCAGACUGUGCAUGCUGCUGGAACGGUGCAUACUGUAUAAAUUUUGGGUGGUGCAGAAGCUCGUACCAAACUGUAAAGUCUCUUUGGAGGUAGGGGGAGGUGGACUGUACUCUGAACUUGUGGAUUCUGGCCAGUAUCCUUGCUGAAAACCACCUGGCUUGCUGUCUGGUUUAGACCUGGUUUCCUGGUGUUACUACUUAUCUGCCCAACAUGGCUCAUGCUGCUUCUCACAUUAAAAAGGCCAGAGAGCUGGAACAGCUUGAAAAGGAUGAGAAGGAGAAAGAAAUAGAAAAGAAAAGACAGCGGAGAAGUUCUAGGGAACGCAGGCGCAAGUCGGACAGCAAUGCAAGCUUUCUCCGUGCUGCCAGAGCUGGCAAUCUGGACAAAGUACUUGAGUAUUUGAAAGGAGGAAUCGACAUCAAUACAAGUAACCAGAAUGGACUUAAUGCUCUACAUCUCGCUGCCAAGGAAGGACACUUGGAUCUCGUUCAGGAACUUCUGGAAAGAGGUUCGGAUGUGGAUUCAGCAACCAAGAAAGGAAAUACAGCUCUCCACAUUGCAGCAUUGGCGGGGCAGGGUGAAGUUGUCACAGUCCUUGUCAAGCAAGGAGCCAACAUCAAUGCACAGUCACAGAAUGGUUUCACUCCACUUUAUAUGGCAUCGCAGGAGAACCACAUGGAUGUGGUGAAGUAUCUGCUGGAAAAUGGAGCAAAUCAGAGCACUGCUACUGAGGAUGGCUUCACACCACUCGCUGUAGCACUACAGCAGGGCCAUAACCAGGUGGUGGCUGUCCUCCUAGAGAAUGACACCAAAGGGAAGGUGAGGCUACCUGCUCUGCAUAUCGCUGCCAGGAAAGACGACACCAAGUCAGCAGCACUGCUGCUUCAGAACGAUCACAAUGCUGAUGUCCAGUCCAAGAUGAUGGUGAAUAGGACUACAGAGAGUGGUUUCACUCCUCUGCACAUCGCUGCACACUAUGGAAAUGUCAAUGUUGCUACUUUGUUACUCAACCGUGGAGCUGCUGUGGACUUUACUGCCAGGAAUGGAAUUACACCUCUCCAUGUUGCUGCCAAAAGAGGGAACACAAACAUGGCAAGGCUUCUGUUGGACCGAGGUGCACAGAUUGAUGCGAAGACCAGGGAUGGACUGACUCCUCUCCACUGUGCUGCACGGAGUGGUCAUGAUCAAACUGUUGAGAUUCUACUGGAAAGAGGAGCACCAAUGCUUGCCAGGACUAAGAAUGGAUUGUCACCGCUUCACAUGGCUGCUCAAGGUGACCACGUAGAAUGCGUCAAACAUCUACUACAACAUAAGGCUCCUGUUGAUGAUGUCACAUUGGAUUACUUGACAGCCCUGCAUGUUGCUGCCCACUGUGGCCAUUAUCGAGUCACCAAGCUCCUCCUGGACAAGAGGGCCAGUCCCAAUGCUCGUGCACUGAAUGGUUUUACUCCACUGCACAUUGCUUGCAAGAAAAACCGUGUCAAAGUGAUGGAGCUGUUAGUGAAGUAUGGGGCCUCAAUUCAAGCCAUAACCGAGUCUGGCCUCACACCGAUACAUGUGGCUGCAUUCAUGGGCCACCUGAACAUAGUCCUGCUGCUGUUACAGAAUGGAGCAUCGCCAGAUGUCACUAACAUUCGUGGAGAGACCGCUUUACACAUGGCUGCAAGAGCAGGUCAAGUGGAAGUUGUCCGAUGCCUCCUAAGAAAUGGUGCCCUCGUAGAUGCCCGAGCAAGGGAGGAUCAGACUCCACUGCACAUUGCUUCCCGACUUGGUAAAACAGAGAUUGUACAGUUACUUCUGCAGCACAUGGCCCAUCCUGAUGCAGCAACAACCAACGGAUACACUCCUCUACAUAUCUCAGCCAGGGAAGGGCAGCUAGAUGUCGCUUCUAUCCUGUUAGAGGCUGGUGCCUCACAUUCUAUAGCUACAAAGAAAGGGUUUACUCCACUGCAUGUUGCUGCGAAAUAUGGAAGCCUGGAUGUAGCCAAACUCCUCUUACAACGUCGAGCUCCUCCAGAUUCAGCUGGGAAGAAUGGUCUCACCCCACUUCACGUUGCUGUGCACUAUGAUAACCAGAAAGUGGCAAUGAUGUUGCUGGAAAAAGGCGCCUCUCCCCACGGUCCUGCCAAGAAUGGUUACACUCCUCUGCAUAUUGCUGCCAAGAAGAACCAAAUGCAGAUAGCAACAACCCUCCUAGACUACGGAGCUGAGACCAAUAUUUUAACAAAACAAGGAGUAACCCCAUUGCAUCUGGCCUCACAGGAAGGUCACGGAGACAUGGUCGUCCUGCUUUUGAAGAAAGGUGCCAACAUUCAUACUGCGACAAAGAGUGGACUGACAGCGCUACACCUUGCUGCCCAGGAAGACAGAGUGAACGUAGUUGAUAUUCUUGCAAAAGAAGGUGCCAAUCUUGACUGCCAGACGAAGCUUGGUUAUACUCCAUUGAUAGUGGCUUGCCAUUAUGGAAACAUCAAGAUGGUGAACUUUCUUCUCAGAAAUGGUGCCAAUGUUAAUGCUAAGACAAAGAACGGCUACACCCCGUUGCACCAAGCAGCUCAGCAAGGCCACACGCACAUCAUCAAUGUCUUGCUGCAGCACGGGGCCAGACCUGGUGCUGUCACUGCGAAUGGUAACACUGCCCUAGCAAUUGCCACACGACUGGGAUACAUCUCCGUGGUUGACACCCUGAAGGUUGUGACCGAAGAAUACACCACUACCACCACGACUGUGACAGAGAAACACAAGUUGAAUGUUCCUGAAACGAUGACUGAAGUUCUUGAUGUGUCUGAUGAAGAAGGUGAAGACACAAUGACAGGAGAUGGAGGAGAGUAUCUGCGGCCAGAGGACCUGAAGGAACUAGGUGACGAUUCACUGCCCAGCAGUCAUUUUCUAGACAGUAGUAUGAAUUACCUAAGAUACAGUCUAGAGGGGGGACGCUCUGACAGUGUUGUACCCAGCCUGCGAUCCUUCAGUUCAGACAGGUCCCACACACCCACCUAUGGCUCCUACCUGCGGGACAGCGCUAUCAGUGAGGACGUCAUCAUUGCCACCAGCCAGAAGGUGUCAGCUCUAGCCAAAGAAGUUGAGAAGGAUACCUAUCGCCUGAGUUGGGGCAUGGAAAAUGAUAACGUGGCUCUGUCUUCCAGCCCCAUACACUCUGGCCGCUGUUCUCCUUUCCUUGACCAUGACAACAGCAGUUUUCUAGUUAGCUUUAUGGUGGAUGCCCGUGGAGGAGCUAUGCGUGGCUGCCGACAUAAUGGGCUGCGUAUCAUCAUCCCACCUCGGAAAUGCACUGCCCCAACUCGAGUGACCUGCCGUCUUGUGAAACGUCACCGGUUAGCCACCAUGCCUCCAAUGGUGGAAGGAGAGGGUCUAGCAAGCAGGCUGAUAGAAGUCGGGCCAUCGGGUGCUCAGUUUCUUGGUAAACUUCAUCUUCCUACAGCUCCUCCCCCUCUUAACGAGGGAGAAAGCUUGGUUAGCCGAAUCCUUCAGCUCGGGCCACCGGGAACCAAAUUCAUUGGGCCUGUGAUAGUGGAGAUUCCUCACUUUGCAGCGCUGCGUGGGAAGGAAAGAGAGCUUGUUGUCCUGCGCAGUGAGACAGGAGAGAACUGGAAGGAGCACUACUGUGAAUACACGGAGGAGGAGCUGAACGAAAUUCUCAAUGGCAUGGAUGAAGUACUGGAUUCACCAGAAGAACUGGAGAAGAAACGUAUUUGUCGCAUCAUCACCAGAGACUUCCCACAGUACUUUGCAGUGGUAUCUCGAGUCAAGCAGGACAAUAAUCUGAUUGGCCCUGAAGGAGGUGUGCUAAGCAGUACAGUGGUACCACAGGUUCAAGCAGUUUUUCCAGAAGGAGCCCUAACCAAGCGGAUCAGAGUUGGCUUACAGGCUCAGCCCAUGGACAUGGAACUGGUGAAGAAACUGCUGGGAAACAAGGCCAUGUUUAGCCCCAUUGUUACACUGGAGCCUAGGAGGAGGAAAUUCCACAAGCCUAUCACCAUGACAAUUCCAGUUCCAAAGCCGUCGUCUGAAGGAAUGAUGAAUGGCUACGGAGGGGACACCCCAACUCUUCGAUUGUUAUGCAGUAUAACAGGUGGAACAACACCUGCUCAGUGGGAAGAUAUCACAGGAACAACGCCAUUAACAUUUAUUAACGAAUGUGUUUCCUUUACAACCAACGUAUCAGCAAGAUUCUGGCUUAUUGACUGCCGGCAAGUGCAGGAAUCUGUAACAUUUGCCACUCAGCUGUACAGAGAGAUCAUCUGUGUGCCAUAUAUGGCCAAAUUUGUUGUCUUUGCCAAAUCACAUGAACCAAUUGAGGCCCGAUUGAGGUGCUUCUGUAUGACAGACGACAAAGUAGAUAAAACAUUAGAGCAACAAGAAAACUUCAACGAGGUGGCCCGAAGCAGAGAUGUGGAGGUACUGGAAGGAAAACCCAUCUAUGUUGAUUGCUUUGGUAACCUGGUGCCAGUAAUAAAGAGUGGGCAGCAUCACAUAUUCAGCUUUUAUGCCUUCAAAGAAAACCGACUUGCACUGUUUGUCAAGGUACGGGAUACUACUCAGGAACCAUGUGGGCGUUUAUCCUUCACAAAGGAGCCGAAAUCUACACGGAUACAUGGACAUCAUGCAAUCUGCAACCUGAAUAUCACCCUGCCACCUUACUCGAAGGACUCUGAGUCAGAUCAAGAACAAGAGGAAGAGGGCACUCUUACCACAGAGAAAUAUGAAGAAGAUACAGAAUCAACAGAAACAUCAGCUUUGAAAACCCACCUAAUCGGCGAAGUCCCAGCACUAGCAAGCCCAGACUUGUUAUCGGAAGUUUCAGAAAUGAAACAAGAUUUGAUCAAAGUGUCUGCAAUUCUAACUACUGACUCAUCAGAAAAGACACAUUCAGUUGAAGUGAAGCAUAUUCAGAAAGGAUCCGUGGAAGAACCAGGCGAGCCUUAUGAAAUUGUUGAAAGUGUAAAAGAAGACUUGAGAAAAGUAAGCAAGAUUCUGAGAAGUGGAUCUUGUGUAGAAGAAGCUCUUGCUGAUGCUUCAAAACAGGCAAUAGAGGAUGACUGGGUAAUUGUAAGUGAAGAUGAAAUUGAAGAAGCCAAAAGGAAAGUAUCAGUUGAAGUAAUUGAGCCAACCUUAACAGAAAUUAGGAUAGAUAGAGGUACACGUCAUGUCAUUCAGCAGGACAUGAGCAGAAUGGUAGAAUAUCUUCAAGAUGACCUUGUAGACUAUAUUUCCAAGAAUGAGUCCUGUAGACCAACUUCUCCAGUAGAUGCUGUACAAGAGAGGAUUGAAGCUGUUCUUAUUGAAGAUUCUGCCAAGAAAUCACACAAAAAUGGCCCAGGAACUGCAGAGACUAUAGAAAAAUUCAGUGAAGAAAGAAAAGCUGUAUUUGAAAUAAAGAAGCCUGUUAGAAGGAAGUUAAAAGAAAGGGCAAAACAGUAUUUUGAAGACUCACAGUUGCAGGUGCCAAGCACUGAACCAUUACAAUUCCGCAAGUUCAGCUCUGAAGAAUCACUGGAUGAAGAACCAGGUUUAACUCCUGAAGAUCCUCUAAGUGCAACUUCUGUAUCACCUGUCAUAGAAGAGACUCCAAUUGGCUCAAUAAAAGAUAAGGUGAAAGCUCUUCAAAAACGAGUGGAAGAAGAGAAGACACUUGUACAAACCAGCAAGUUACCACUAAAAGAAGUUGGCAAAGAAGAGACUUCAAAGAAGCUGGUUCAUAAGAAACAACCUCCAGCUGUCCCAGCCGUUGCAUCUGAAAGACUUGAGCAGACUAUGUCAGUUCGAGAUCUUAUGAAAGCAUUUCAGUCAGGAGAAGAUCCUUCAAAGAAAACGACAGGAUUGUUUGAAUACAAGUCAGCUGUGCCAUCAGCAGAAAGUCAACAUGUAGGGGAAAAACAAUUAAAAGUUGAUACCAGGGAAUUUCAAGAGAAUGAGUUAAGUAAACUUGAUGAGGCUGUCAAAUCAAGCAGAGAACAAAUGCUGGAGGCAUCACAUGAAGACAACUUAAAAGAAACAGCUACAUAUGUUGAUCAUGUAAGAGCAGACAAGUCUCAAAAUAUUUUUGAAGCGCAGAAACAAUCACAUCAAACAAACUCACGUUUAGUGUCAGGAGAGGAGGAUGCGACAACAAAACUUUCUGAUGACACAGCAAUUGCAUUAGAUGAAACGCACUUAUCAAAAACAGAAAGUGACAAAAGAGGUUUACAGCUGUAUACGUCCGCAUUUGAUAAAGAAAGUGAACACCUCAAGGAUAAAAUAACAACUGAGAUCAAAGAUAUAGAGCUGCAGAUUAGCCCUGACAGAAAAACAUCAACAGAUUUCACUGAGGAUAUUAAAGAAGAACUUGAGGAUAAUGACAGGUACCAGCAAUUCAGAAAAAUUUCAGUAGCAGAGAAGGGUCAAGUAUAUUUAGAUCAAGUGGUAUCUAGUCCAUUUCCAUCAGAGCUUAAUACUGGUUUUCCCUCAGAAUAUGUUAAGGAGGACUUCCUUACUGACAUAGUACUGCAGAAUGGCACUCUUGACGAUAGUUCAGAGAGCCUUAAGCAUGAAGGCAUUGCUGAUUCACCCAGUGUUAGUCUCGGUGAUGGCACACCUCAGAUGAGUUCUGAGGAAAGCUAUAAACAUGAAGGAUUAGCAACCCCAGGCACAAGCCCCGAAAGUCUUUCAUUUUCACCAAAGAAACUUGAUCAGCAAAUGCCAGAGAGGGAGGAUGAUACUGAAGUAGCUGCCAUGCGAGGAGUUGUAGGCUAUCAUCCCCCAAGUGAGAUGCUGCAAACAAAGUUAACCAAACAGAUCAAAGAAGAGAGCAGUACAAAAAUAGUUAAAAAAACAUAUGAAACCACAGAGCCUGCAGAUGUUCAUUUACCUGAGGAAAGCAAAGAUGCGCCUGUUGCAAAAACUAUUAGUGUAUUAGAAGAUGGCAGUCCUGUUGUCCAAGAGUAUGAUGCUAGACACAUAAAGGAAUUUGAAAGUGUUACUGGGGAUUCUGGAGUGUUUGUUUGUGAUGAUAAAAGAUCUGUGGAAGCUUCACUGACAAAAUCAGCAGAAACAGAUGAUCAUACCUUCAGUGAUUUAGGAUCUACUUUGAAAUCUGAAACUUGCUUAGGUUAUGAUGCAAGUUCUCAGGCUGAAAGUGGCAUUUAUGAAAUGCCUGACAGUUCAUUAACCUCCAAGGAUAAAACUGAAGUGUCUGUUUCAAUGCUUUCUCAGGAUGAGACUCAGAUGUCAUAUGAAUCCCAAGAAACUGGGAAGCCUUUUGCAGAAGAUAAAGUAGAAUUACAAAAAGAGUGUACGGAAGAGCUUUUUAGUUCUGAAACUAUUUUAGGUGAUGAUGAUGAUGAUGAUGCACACAUCCGGGUAUCAGAAGAGUUACAUGCUGAACCAGAAUGCCCUAAAAUUCAGAAGGGUUUAGAUCUUUCCCUCCCUGGUUUGGAAAGUGAGGGGUAUAGUCCAGGAGGAGACGAAUCAUCAGCAGUCAGUCAUAAGGAUUCUCUAGAGGCUAGCCCAGUGUUGGAAGACAAUUCAUCACACAAAACCCCAGAUUCUCUAGAGCCAAGUCCUACAAAAGAAUCACCUUGUCGUGAUUCUUUAGAAAGUAGCCCAGUGGAUCAAAUAGUGAAGCCUGUAAUUUCUAUGGACCAAAAAACUGAAAUCUUUAUUCAUCAAGCCAGCUCUGUAAAGACAGACAUUUCUGUCGAAUGUGUACGCUCCCGACUUCUCAGAGACCCCGAGGGCAGUGCUGAAGAUGACAGCUUGGAACAGACUUCACAGAUGGAAAGUUCAGGAAAGAGCCCACUAUCUCCUGAGACUCCUAGCUCUGAAGAGAUCAGUUAUGAAAUCACACCUAAAACACCAGAAAUGCAGGUGUUGUCAGCUUCUGAAAAGCCAGUUUGUAUACCUGAAGAGACUGAAGAAGACUCAUCAGAAAUGGAGCAAAAGAAAAGGUUUACCCCUGAAGAAGAAAUGUUUAAAAUGGCUGCAAAAAUUAAAACAUUUGAUGUACUCGAAUUAGAAGCUAAACUGAAGAGGGAAGGCAGAAAGGAGCCAAAGCAUCCUGAUCUGCCUUUAACCACUGAAACAACUACUGCAUGUCAGUCUGAAAUGUCUCCAGCAAUGCAGGGUGAUGACAAACUAUCGGUGGUUCUUACCCCCCCUCAUGAAAUAAGGGCAAGCCCUUCCUCUUCAGAAAGUGAACCCGAGUUAACUCAGCUCAAAAAGGAGACAAGUGCAGGUCUUCUGCUGGAGCCAGUUAUUCGAGUUCAGCCUCCUUCUCCGUAUCCAUCUGGUCUGGAUUCUAGCUCCAGUCCAGAAGAUUUACAGUUUAAGCCAAUAACAUCUAGGCAGCAUGAGUUAAGGUCUGAAGAAGGUAAGACAACAUCAGAUGACAGUGGCUCAGAAAAUGCAACUGAUACAAGUAUAUCUGCUGAGGAACUUAAAGCCAGAUGUGAAGAUGAAGUGUUGGACAAUGAAACUGCAACAUUUCAUGCUCAUGAAUCUGGAAUACAAGACAUGCACAGUCCAAAGUCUGACAUUUUAGAAAAGUCAGAGAAGGGAUAUGAGUUUAUUUCUGGGGCUGACUUAUGUGAUGCCCCAUCAAUUAAAACUCAUAUUGAGAGAGAAGAUAAAUUGGAGAAUAUUGGUGGAUCAACUCUAGAGUAUCUCCAUUCUUCUAGUACCCAAGAUACAAAAUGGGAAAAAGGCUUAUCAGAGUAUAUCAUAAAUGAAAAAUCUUCCCCAGAACCUGAACCUAUAGAUGUAGACAGUUCUGGAAAGCAUUCUUCUUCUGAGCUCACUGAAUUGCCCACAAAUAAGGGGAGAAUAGAUAGUUAUCAGGAAGAGUCACAUGACAUUUAUGGUUCUUCCACUUUAGAUUAUGAUCAUGAGUCACAUGACAGAGCCACUAAAAAUGUAGCAGGUGUCCCUGAACAGUUUGGCAUGUGUUCCAAAUUCCCUGUAAUAGACAGUACUGAAGAAACUCUGCAUACAGAGUCUUCAGAAAAAUCACUCAGUUUAGACUGCACAUUAUCUGCUGUCACAGAAGGUGCAUCACUUAAGAGCCCCUAUGAAAAUGUUCCAGAAGAAUAUUCAUCUGACUAUCCUGAAGCCUAUUUCUCAACCAAGUUCUCUCCACCAAUAGAAGCAGGAUUUGACAGUGAACAUAAUUUAGAUGUUUUGCCUGCAACAUCUGAUACUACUUUGGUUGAACAGUCUGAAAGUACCAAAAUAAUUUCUGCAGAGGCAUCCAAUCAUCACUUUGGUGAAGUAGUGGUAACAAAGCCAGAUGAAGAUUAUGAUGCUUGGACUGAAAUAAGAGAGGACGAUGCAGCUUUUGAAGCUCGAGUCAAAGCAGAAGAACAAAAAAUAUUUGGCUUGAUGGUUGACAGACCAUCUCAAGGUACAACUCCAGACACUACUCCUGCAAGAACACCCACUGAAGAUACCACACCGACUAGUGAGCAGAAUCCUUUUCUGUUUCAAGAAGGAAAGUUGUUUGAAAUGACAAGAAGUGGUGCGAUUGACAUGACCAGAAGGGACUAUGAAGAAGAUGGCUUCCAUUUUUUCCAAAUAGGUGAGCACUCUUCAGAACAAGCUCCACUAGAAGAGGUGACAGAGGAGAAUAUAGAAUCUGAUUCAUGUGAACUUAAAAUAUCACCAACUAGUUUAACUUCUCCUAGUGGGGCUCAGUCUGAAGAGGUGGUAAGUGGAACUGUUGUGGAAGAAGCCUUUUCAGAAUUCCAAACUUUGGAAGAGACUGCUGAAGAAAGUAUUAUUAAAAGUACUAGCAUGCACACUACUAAAACUGAAAUAAAAUCGAGAAUUCCAGUUAAAAUGGGUGUUUUAGCAUCUUCAAAGCCCACCAAAAAAGGUGCAACUUCUCCAGAUGCAUCUGAAGUAAAACCCUUUACUGAACAGUGCUGUGAUGAGUUGGAGAGUACCCAUCAGUCUUUUCCUUCCUCUCCUGAGACGACUUUUACUAACGUGCAGUUAGACUUUUCGACAGUGACCAGAUCUGUUCGUUCUGAACAUGAUGAUGAGUCUUCAGAUUCUUCACCUGAAGACCAAAAAUCUGUUAUUGAAAUCCCUACUGCUUCCAUGGAUAGUGUUUCUUCCAUUGAACCCAAAUCAAAAAUCCCUGUUAGAAGUACAGCUGGUGUAUCAUCAGCACUAAAAGUCUCCCCACAGACAGACUGUGCUCCUUCUUUAACUUCUCCUACUGACAGUCCACAAGAAGGGAGUACAGAUGAAGAUGCAAAGCCAAAGUCAAAGAUACCAGUCAAGCUGAGCUGUCAGAGGUCAGAGCAUCAUUCCUCAGCUACAGAAUCCACAGUUAAAAGAUCAGAGUCUCUGAAGGUUUCUGAAGCAAAACCAAAAAUGCCAGGAAAAACAGAUAAUCGAAGCAAGUCAGAAUCUGAUGCAGGUAGUGCUGUAGAAAUAAAGUUCAAAUGCUCUACUAAAGCCAGAAGCUGCACUGAAAGUGACACUGAGGUAGAUGAGGGGGCUGGCCAAGUACAGUCUAGUUUAGAAGCAGCUGAGGCUACAAAAUCUAAAAUAUUCCAGUCCAGGCUUCCAGUUAAAACGAAGUCUGGUUCAAUAUCUUCUGCAGUUUGUAUUUCUACUAAGGACAAUGAAGAACAGUUUUUUGAAAUGUAUAAAAAUUCUAUAGAAUUUUUUGAAGAAAUAAGUGAUGAAGCCUCAAAGUUAGUGGACAGACUAACGCAGGCAGAGAAGGAACAGGAAUUCUGCUCAGAUGAUGAAAGCAGUACAAUAGAAAUGUCUCUGAUCGAUGCUGACCCUCUGCCUGGAUCCCAGCAGGUACUCCCUGAUGACAUCUUUGACACAAGGCCUAUUUGGAAUGAAUCUGUUGAGACUCAGAUAGAGCGCAUUCCUGAUGAGAAUGUUCAGGAGCAUUCUGAAGAUCCCCAAGAGGAAAGAGGAAGGAAGGAGGAAAGACUAGCAUGCAUUGCUGACCACCUUGGCUUCAGCUGGACAGAAUUAGCAAGGGAACUGGAUUUUACAGAGGAGCAGAUCCAUCAGAUCCGUAUUGAAAAUCCCAAUUCACUUCAGGACCAGAGUCAUGCCUUGUUAAAGUACUGGUUGGAGAGAGAUGGCAAGCACGCAACAGAUGCCACCCUGAUGCAGUGUUUUACUAAAAUUAAUCGAAUGGACAUAGUUCACCUACUGAGGACUGUAAGCACACAGCCUGUUCAGCAAUUUAUGCCACGUAGUUAUGAAGAAAUUGAGAAGACCAUAGCACUGGACCACAGUGAAGGAUUUUCUGCACUUCAUGAAGACUUGUACAGCCCAAGAUCUGAACGGGAUGCCCAACAAAGUUGCAAAGACAGGAAGCUAUCAGAUCAGCCCCCACUUGUUUCAGAAGAAGAUAUUUCAGUGUGUUACUCCCCUGUACAUGACAGUCUUCCAAGGAGUGAAGCAGAUGGGUCCAUCCUAGAGGUUCUGAGGCAUGCCCAAAGGGAGAAGAUCGAAGCUGGCUUGUCUGGAAAAGUAGAUGGCGACUCAGAAGCUGUGUUUGGUACACACCAGGAGUACUAUGUCACAAUUUCAGGGGCAGAGACAACUAAAGGAGCACAGGGUAAAACUUCAGUAAGUGGGGGCUCUCCAGUGCCAUUAACUGAAGAACGUGAUCAAUCUCCCAUUGUACAAGAACCAGAUGAGAUACCAUCUGAUGAAAAAGAAGCCGCCAUGCCAAGUACUGGUGGAGUUACCAUAGUUGAAUCAGUGGAUGAGCAUCCCAUGAAAACAGAGAGAUAUUAUGAGGAUGAAUCCCUAGAAAAGGAAGUAGCAGAGGAGCUGGGGCAGCUAGAAUCCAGCUCUGAUGACGAUGCAGUGGUAACCACCAGGGUCGUGCGACGCAGGGUGAUUAUUCAGGCAGAUGAUAUGCCCGAUAUUCCACCCGAAUCUGUAACAGAAGAGCAGUACACUGAUGAAAACGGGCGCACUGUGGUAAAAAAGGUCACUAGAAAGAUAAUCAGAAGGUACGUUUCACCAGACGGAACAGAAGAAGAAGAAGUCAUGAUGCAGGGAGCACCACAGGAACCAAUUACCAUCAAAGAGGGGGAUGAAUAUUCAAGAGUUGUAAAGCGAACAGUUCUCCAAAGUGACAGUGACCACAGUAAGUUGACAUUCUCAGAACCGCAAGUUUUUACCACUUCCUCAGAGUUUGAGUCUGAGCCAGUCGAAGGUCGUAGGGUCAGCAGAGUGAUCAAAACCACCGUAAUGCAGGGAGAGAGAAUGGAGAAACACCAUGGAGAAUCCAGGCUAUCUACUGAUCUUCCCUCAGCCAAAGAUGACUUUCAGCAGGCCCUCAGCUAUAUACAACAUGGUCAUGGAAAAGUGUGUCUGCCAAAUUUAGUUGAAAAAAAGACUGUGAACAAGGAUGGAUCAGUUCUUAAGAGGACAAUGAUCAAUAAAACUGACACCCAGAAGAAGACUGUGGUGAAGGACCAUGAGGGAAAGCACGUGUGUGUGGAGAGGCUGGAGGAUGUGCCUGAUGCAACACAGCAGGAUGAGCUCCAACACGAUCUCCAACAGCUCCUCAGCCAUUUCUGCACCGAUGGAUGGAAGCGUCAAGCCAAAUGAGUGGCAACAGCAUUGUACAAUUCAUACCAUGGCAACCUGCUUUGCUGCCUAGGCUGAAAUAAGAUUUCCUUUUAUUUGAAGACUGAUGUACCUUGUUUUAAGAUAUGGUUAAACCAGUUUUUCUUUUGUAAGCUAAUUUGCGACCAAAGAUGGAAUCCUUCAUGUUGGAUGGUUUAUCCACAAACUCUUCCUGUCAUGCGGUACGAUGAACAUAAAUAAUUCUGCAUCAUAUUUGAUAGAGUUUUGCUGCUUAUAAAACUAUGCUCCUUUUCCAGCAUCAGAAACUGGCUUCACCCACAGGCUUCUUCGACUGACUGACUGACUGUGUGUUUCUAAAAGGGGCGCCUUUCUGUAAAUUAAUGUACCUGCAGCUAAAUUACCUGGACUUUGAAACUGUAGACACUGCCUAUCUAGAAAUACACAAUCCAUAAAUGUUGCUGGGAACAAAUUGUGAAUAUUGUCAUUGUAAGUGAAGUGAUGUACAGACCUAGCAGCAAAGAGGUGUGAAAGUCAGCACUCACUGUUGUAUUUUUAAAUCCAGUCUAUCAGUAUGGAUAAGUGAUCCAUAUGUCGACAAGCUUGUUCUCCGUGGAACACAUUAUUGCAGGAUGUUUAAUGCAGCUCAUAUUUAUCACACCCAGUGACAUCUGAACAUUUUCCUGGGUGAAACAGCACAAGGUUGUCAAGCAUCUGUAUUCUGUAUUUGCGUCAUUCUGCAUAUUAAGAACUGCUCUGACUGGCAGUAUAAAUGGAUUACAUUACGCGGCUUUAACUUGUUUCACUUGUGUCACUGCUUUUACAAAACAGGCAAAGAAAACUGUAAACACCAUCGCUCUGUUGAUAUAGUAUCUCUUCUGACCACUGCACUGUAGAUAACUGGACUGCAAAUGGACUUCUUGAUCUGGAAAAGUAAGGAUGGUGUGAUAACUCACAUCUGUUGAGAUUGCCUUUUUUUAAUACAUGCAUGUGAUACGAAAACUGGUAUAAUCAUGCAAAUAAAUGCUCAUUAAUUAUCCUAGCAGUGAGAGAAACACAAAGACAAAAAGGAAAGAAUUCAUCAAAUUAUUUCAGAAUUUUUUUCCUCUAAAUGUAUGGUACUACACCUUUCCCAGAGUCAUGUCAGUUUUGUUUAAAGUUGGCCCAUAAAUCUGCUAAAAUGUACAGUAACAUUACUGCACUUUUCUGGAACACAGCCAACAGUGAAUAAUACGCAUAACGGUAUGGCUCGCUUGAAAAAGUGACUUAUACUUUACAGAAUAUACCUUCUUAGGAAGAGACUACGAGAAACUAAAAGAUAUUGAAAACUAAAAACACUGUUUGGUUUCUCACUUUUUAUAAUGCGAUCUGACUCAGUAUAGUGUCGGUUAUGGGUAAUUCAUGAAUGGUGUGGCUGUAAAUUCUGAAAAAAAUGUUGAAAGACCUUCCUAGUAUAUUUCUAUAACUCUUUACACAAUUGUUAAAAGACAGAUGAAAAACACCCUUACAGACUGAUUACAAAGAAUAAUUCUCAUGAAUCAGCAGCAAGCUGAAGUUGGCCUACAGAACAAGCAGAAAAAAAGCUUAUCUGUUGUGUUACUUGCAGUGCAGAUGUCUAUGUUACAUUAUAUAGUUCCUCACAUAUAUUUUCCUGUAUUAUCAAGCAACUUGAAAACUGUGAUACUACGUGAAUUUUUAAGUUAAUGACUCAACAUAUUGUUCCCAUGGUGAUAACCAAUAACUGAGUAACGAUAUCUUUGAGGGCAUGUAUUAGCUAAAGGAAAUAAAUUACAUCACUAACAAUACUUAGCAGCUGCAACAUGUACAGUGGCUGAUUUAAUUAAAUAAAAAUGUACAAGUGUUCAA